GUUUUUCUAAUCUAACCGAUUCGGACUCAGCUUAAUCUUCAUCUUCAUCUUUUUCAUUUUGUCUUCAGUGGUUUAGGGUGUGGGAGAGAGAGCUGUCCGUAUCCUCCCUUUUUAUUUGCUUUCUUAGCCGCCGCCGCAGCAGCGGCCGUCUCCGCCUCCUCGAUCCAAUCUGGAGAUCCGAUUUGCUUCUGUCUUGGCUUGACAUCUAGGCCACGCAGGAGGGAUCGGAUUUGGGGUUUUUUCUUCAUUGAAGUGUACACUAACAGUUGUAUAGAGGAUUGGUGGGUGUAAAUGGCUUCCAGUGAGGGCUUUCUUACAGAUGAGCAGAGGGAAAUGCUGAAAAUAGCAAGCCAGAAUGCAGGGACUUUAUCAUCUUCUCCAAAGUUGUCAUCAUCCCCAAAAUCCCCUACUUCUUUAUUCGCUGAUCAUCAAUUAAAAGUUCCUUGUGGCAAAUCACCAACAGGUGGGAUUGCUGUGAGGCAUGUCCGGCGGUCUCACUCUGGGAAGUUUGUGCGUGUAAAGAAGGAUGGUGCUGGUGGUAAGGGAACGUGGGGAAAACUGUUGGACACUGAUGGUGAAUCUCAUAUAGAUAGGAAUGAUCCUAAUUAUGAUAGUGGAGAGGAACCAUAUCAACUUGUUGGGUCAACUAUUUCAGACCCCUUAGAUGAGUACAAAAAAACUGUUGUUUCCAUCAUAGAAGAAUACUUUAGCACGGGUGUGGUUGAACUGGCUGCAUCUGACCUCAAAGAACUUGGCUCAAGUGAAUAUCAUCCAUACUUUAUCAAGCGCCUGGUUUCCAUGGCCAUGGACAGGCAUGAUAAAGAAAAAGAAAUGGCUUCUGUUUUGCUUUCUGCACUAUAUUCAGAUGUCAUCAGUCCAGCCCAGAUCAGAGAUGGGUUUGUCAUGCUGCUUGAGUCUGCGGAUGACCUUGCAGUUGACAUAUUGGAUGCAGUUGACAUCCUUGCUUUGUUCCUAGCCCGUGCUGUGGUUGAUGACAUACUCCCUCCAGCUUUCAUCACAAGGGCUAAGAAAGCUCUUCCUGAAUCUUCCAAGGGAUUUCAAGUUCUCCAAACUGCAGAGAAGAGUUAUCUUUCAGCCCCACACCAUGCAGAACUUGUUGAAAGGAGGUGGGGUGGUAGCACUCAUGUUACUGUUGAGGAAGUAAAGAAAAAGAUUGAUGAUCUAUUGAGGGAAUAUGUGGAAAGCGGGGACACUUUUGAGGCUUGUAGGUGUAUAAGAGCAUUGGGGGUUUCAUUCUUUCAUCAUGAGGUUGUUAAGAGAGCUCUUGUUCUUGCUAUGGAAAAUGAAACAGCAGAGCCACUAAUAUUGAAACUGCUAAAGGAAGCAGCUGAGGAAGGAUUGAUAAGCUCAAGUCAAAUGAUAAAAGGGUUUGCUCGGUUAGCAGGGAGUCUUGAUGAUCUUGCUCUUGAUAUUCCAUCUGCAAAGAUGUUGUUCCAGUCGCUUGUCCCCAAGGCUGCCUCUGAAGGAUGGCUUGAUGCUUCUUUCAUGAAAUCUUCAGCUGUAGAUGGGGAGGUGCAAAAUGAAGAUAAAAGAUUAAGACAGUAUAAGGAGGAGGUGGUAACCAUAAUUCAUGAGUAUUUUCUAUCAGAUGAUAUUCCUGAACUCAUCCGUAGUCUUGAAGAUCUAGGGUUUCCUGAGUAUAACCCAAUUUUUCUGAAGAAGCUGAUCACACUUGCUAUGGAUAGGAAAAAUAGGGAGAAAGAAAUGGCUUCUGUUUUGCUCUCUGCUCUUCACAUUGAGAUCUUUUCAACUGAAGACAUAGUUAAUGGGUUUGUCAUGCUUCUGGAAUCUGCUGAAGACACAGCAUUGGACAUUCUGGAUGCUUCCAAUGAGCUUGCUCUUUUCCUAGCCAGGGCUGUCAUUGAUGAUGUGUUGGCUCCAUUGAAUCUUGAGGAGAUUGGUAGCAAGUUACCACCAAAUUGCAGUGGUUGUGAAACUGUGCGGAUGGCUCGAACACUGAUUGCUGCUCGUCAUGCUGGUGAGAGGCUUCUGAGGUGUUGGGGAGGUGGGACUGGAUGGGCAGUUGAGGAUGCAAAAGACAAGAUAAUGAAGCUUCUGGAGGAGUAUGAAAGUGGGGGUGUUGUAGGUGAAGCUUGCCAGUGCAUUCGUGAUCUUGGAAUGCCCUUCUUUAACCAUGAGGUGGUGAAGAAAGCAUUAGUGAUGGCUAUGGAGAAAAAAAAUGAUAGAAUGCUGGAUCUGCUGCAAGAAUGCUUCAGCGAAGGGCUAAUCACAAUCAAUCAAAUGACCAAGGGAUUCACCAGGGUGAAGGAUGGGCUUGAGGAUCUGGCUCUUGACAUACCAAAUGCAAAAGAGAAGUUUAGUUUCUAUAUUGAGCAUGGCAAGAAGAAGGGGUGGCUUCUGCAAUCGUUUGGUUUAUCUGUAAUGGAAGCUCUGCCAACUGUGGAAGCCUCUUGAGAAGGAAAUAUGAUUGCCUACUGUUUUACCUGACGCCUGUUGUCUCUUGGUGGGGUAUUCCCUAGCGUUAGUCUGUAGAAGGAGGUGGAUAGAUAGAUAGAUAGAUAAAGGAUGUUUGGAUUCCUUCUGAUCAUUUCGUCUUUCUUAACUAUGGUUGUCUGAUAGUGAUUUUUAUGAUCCCAGCUGUUGUAAAAAGUUGGUUAUUUGUUCUAUUUAGGCUCAUUUGGCAUCAAGGUAAUAUGACGUGCUACCUGUUGUUGUUGCUUGCAAUAUAUUAUUGUUAGGAUUUAGGAUGAUGCAACUCAAGACUUUUAUCUUUAUUUGUUUCCUUCUCCUAUUUUGCAUAUUGCUUCCAUUUAUUUGUGAUAAAAGGAUUCAGUUUUU